UCAUGGACAUUCAACAUAUCUAGAGUGUGAUUUUAUCGUAUUUCGUAUAAAAAUCAAUGUACUGGAAUUAAAAUAUUCGUGUAAGUUAUACCGCUAAUAAAUAAAUCAAUUUUCCUCUGUUCAACGAAAAAUAAUGGAGACUAAAAUAGCUUUUAAAAUUCCCAAAAUAGAUAAAACUGAUAAUGCGUCAAUUACGAACAGUCCUAACGAUAAUACAAAUAAAAAUAUGCCGAGCAUUACCACGAAAAAACAAUUAAAAAGGGUAAUGGAAGAUGCAGUUCGGAAAAAUCAGAUUUAUCCUCGAUUUCUGGUACAAAAGUUAAAAUAUAAAAAUAUGAUGAGUGUUUCCAAUAAAAAUCCUGUAGUCGCAUUAAAUGAAAUCAGAAAAAAUUUACAAUACAGACAAGUGAAUUGUCAGGGCCCGCCACAUUCACCUAUACAUACAAUAUCGGUUAAAGUAGACGGUAUAAAAUAUAUUGGACGUGGUGCGAGUAAAAAAUUAGCAAAAUAUUCAGUAGCUUCCAAAGCUUUGGCAUUUUUGAGUAAAUCUUCGCAUUAUAGUACAUCAAAUUUGAAUCCAGGACAGAAGGAAAAUUGUUAUUGUGCUGCUAAUAGAAUUUCAAAAACGGCUACAAGAAAAAAUGCUUCGGAAACGGAAACUACGCCCGAUGAAACUUCUUUAAAGGAUGGUUCGUCAUCAAGUAUAUCAUCCAUGUCACAUUCAAUUUGUAAAACACAAAUUAUAGAUGAAAAUUCAAACAGUAUUCAAUCAACAGCUUUGACUCCAACUCAAGGGGCUCGUUUGGUGUAUAAUAAAACGCAAGACGAAACUUCUGCAGCUUUUUCAACGGAUUCGGAUACUUCGCCAACAUUACAUUCGACUACUGAAAUUUCACCAAAAAUGUUAUAUCCAUGGGAAAUAGCCCGUUUGUAUGAUCCUGCGGGUAAUACUACUGCAAAAAUGGUUGAUUUGACCUCAUCAACAAAUGAUUUGUCACAAUUAGAACGGGAAUUCCAAGCUAAUGACAAUAUACCAUUAAAGAUUUUAACUCCAGCGGAAAGAUUACAUUUUUCAAAAACAAAUGAUGUAACCUCGUCAACGAUUUCCAAGAUGCCAAUCUCGUUAGAGCCAGAACGAGAAUUCGAAGCUAAUGAUAAAAUUGCAAGCAAUAUACCAACAAAAACUGUGACCAUAUCGACAAGUGUUUCACCGCAGGUUUCUAACAUUCCGAUGUCAUUUCAUCCAGAAUGUAAAUUUAAGGAUGUAAUUCCAAACAAUAAUGAAAAAAUUUUAACACCAAUGGAGUUAAAAGCACGAUUGCAUCGUAAAACCAUUAGUAUCUCCUCAAAACAAGCAGUUUCAGCGAACAAUGCCCCGUUAUCAAAUCACUCCGAAAACAGUAUUGCUAAUAACAUUCCUGCAAAAACUGCAAAUGAAACAAAUGCAUCGUCUUUACCAAAUUGUUUAAAAGUCCCUGCUUCUACAUUUCAAACGAAUGAUGAAAUUCCAAAAAGUACUUCAUCAAAACCUUUGACACCAAUGGAGAAGGUACGUUUAUUUCGUAAAAUCAUAAGUAGAAAAACGGGAGAUAAAAAAAAUGUAACUAGUUCAUCAAAGAUUCAAAAAGCACUUGAUACAGUUAGGAAUGAUGAAGCUCUUAUUUCAUCAGAAACUUCAAAGAAGAAUUUAUACUGCGCUGCCAAUAAUUAUAUUGAUGAAUCGCCAACUAAAUCGGAUGAAACUUCGUGGAAGAAUAUGCAAGAUACAUCGAUACCAUUUUUCCCAGUAUAUCCAACAAGUGACGAAGAACUUUCAACAACUACGUUAGAUCCAUUACAAUUUGCAAAAUUAUGCUCGUUAAAAAACGAUUCACCAAGAGAUACAUCGCCUAUAUUAGAUCCAAAUAAAUUUCAAAUGAAAAGCGUUCGUGUGACAAAAAAACAAAAAACGUCAGCAGCAGUAAAUGUAUCGAAUAAAAAUCCAGUAGCUGUACUAAACGAAAUCAAACAAGGAUUAGAAUAUAAACUUGUAAAACAAGAUGGACCAAUUCACGCACCCACAUUCACUUAUUCGGUAACACUUGACGGUGAAACGUAUAUUGGUCGUGGUCGUAAUAAAAAAUUGGCAAAAGCAUCGGCAGCAUCGAAAGCUUUAGCAUCUUUUAUACAAUUUCCAACAAGUAAUCCAUCAACAACACUAGCUCCAAGACAGUCAGACCAUAUGGACUUUACUGAUGAUAGUAUAAUCGUAAAAACACCAGCUAAAUCGAAUUCAGCUUCUGCGACAAAUGGUUCGACAACGGUUACGAAUACACCAGCCGCAUUUAAUGUGGGCAAAGGACCGGUGAUGAUUUUAAAUGAGCUACAUCCAAACUUAAAAUAUAAAUUUGAUGCAAUGGAUGAUGGUAUUUAUAAGUUUCAAGUUAGUGUUGAAGUUCAAGGGGAAACGUUUACUGGAAAAGGAGAAAAUAAAAAGAAUGCAAAAGCAGCUGCUGCUCGAUCUGCUUUAAGUAAAUUAUAUAACAUAUCUGCCACAUCAUUUUUAUCACCUUCAAUGAAUUCAUAUACAGUAAAUUCUUCAUGUGCUACAUCGGCUAUUCCACAAUUUUUAGCCGAUUUUAUUGGAAAUUUAGUUUUAUCAAAAUUUAACGAAUUAGUUGGACAAGAUUCAAUGCAUUCGAAGCGUAAAGUGAUAGCUGGUAUCGUACAAACACAAGGUUACGCAAUUGAUAAAGCAAAAUUAAUAUCAGUAGCAACAGGCACAAAAUGUAUCUCAGGUGAAUAUAUGAGUGUGCAUGGGUCUGUUGUUAAUGAUACACAUGCGGAAAUUGUUGCAAGGCGAUGUCUCUUAGAUUACCUGUACACUCAAUUAGAAAAUUUAUGUGAACUAGGGGGUAAAAAACCAUCAUCGAUAUUUGAGCCACGUGCGUCUGGAGGCGGUUAUGUAUUAAAAAAUGAUAUCAAAUUUCAUUUGUACAUAAAUACCGCACCGUGUGGUGAUGCCAGAAUAUUUAGCCCACAUGAACUAACAUCGUCAGAAUGUGUCGAUAAACAUCCAAAUCGUAAAGCAAGAGGUUUAUUACGUACAAAAAUUGAAUCUGGCGAAGGCACAAUACCUGUUACAAAUUGUUAUGGCAUUCAAACGUGGGAUGGUGUUUUACAGGGUGAACGAUUGUUGACGAUGUCUUGUUCAGAUAAAAUUUGCCGAUGGAAUGUACUUGGAGUUCAAGGGGCGUUACUUUCGAAUUUUAUUGAACCGAUUUAUUUAGACAGCAUUAUUUUAGGCAGUUUAAUGCAUCCAUUACAUAUGGGCAGAGCCAUUCAUGGUCGGAUUGAACCAACAAUACAAGGAUUACCACCACCAUUCCGUUUAAAUAAACCACACACGAGUUUAUUAACAUCGUCAGAAGUACGACGUGCUGCCAAAGCACCUAAUUUUAGUGUAAAUUGGACGGAUGGUUUAACAGAAGCUGAAAUAAUCAAUUCAGUUACCGGUAAAACUGAACAUGGUGCAAUAUCACGAGUCUGCAAACAAUUGUUAUUCAGACGAUAUUUAGGUUUAAUUAAAUUCUUAAAACCAUUAAAUCCAAAAGUAAAACCACCAAAUGGACCAACGGUAUAUGUACAAGCAAAAAGUAUAGCACAAGAUUAUAUGACAGCGAAAAAUCAAUUAUAUGCAGCAUUCGAACGUGCAAACUUGGGAAAAUGGUUAAAGAAACCAAUCGAACAAGAUCUUUUCGAAAUAUAAUUAAUAUUACGUAGAAUUUGGUAUUCCUUAAAUUAUUUAUAAGACAUUUCUAAUUUUUGAAAAUAUUAUUAUGCAAUUGCACCCUAAUUUUUCUUAUCCUAGAAAAUUUAGUGAUGUUAUUACUCCACUCAAUUUUAUCAAGACAAAAAUUCCUAACACAACUUUAACAAUUUUCUUUGGAGGAAAAUAUACACAAUAGAUUUCAUUAAUUCGCCGAUUAUUGUAUAUGCUAGAUUUCAGAGCAAUAUUAUAUUAAUAUCAUAACAGAGAAUCUGAUAGCCAGUACUUUGAAAACAAACUACUCUUUUAAUUAAAUCGUAACGAAUAAAGUCGAAUAGAAUAAGGUUUAUUUCGGCCAAUUGAAGACGAAUAAAAUCAAAGAUGAUAAAAUAGCCAUGAAUUAAGGGUCUUCUUAGAAGAAUUAGACUUAUUUACGGCAAAAUGACAUCUAUUUUUGGAAAAUGGCAAUGAAAAAGUUUUCCAGAGAAGCCACCAUCGAAUAAUAGAAUUCUUUGCAAUAGAAUAACACCUCUAUUAUAGAUAGAAUAAAGUCUAUUCAGCCUUAUUCACAGAUCGAAAACAGAAAUGUUGUAUAACAGUCUAUUUUCAAAUUUAAUACUAUUAUGGUGCCAUAUCAGUUCACCCACUGAAUAUCUGAAGGCUGGAAGGAUCCAGAGGAUCCACUGCAAUGUUUAAAACCAAAAAGUUAUGACAAUAAGAAUAAAAUGUUUCUAAUUUACGACUGCGUUGCAUAUAAAAGCACAUUUAACACGAAAAACUCGUUUUAAAAGUUUAAACGUAGCCCUAGGGUAUGAAUUUCGUGGUUCAAUCGUACUUCCAUUUAAUUGCUCGUAAUUUUAACACCAUUAAAACCAUACCCUAUGGCUUGGACCUUCUUGUUUAUUAAUGUGAGAUCAUUCAUAAAAUAUGAUAAACCAAGUAUUCCCUCCAUCUCUGUUACAUUCCGUUACACUAAGCAAUAAAACUCUUCCCCCUCCUAUUUUCAUCACAUAUUUUAUGAAUUAUCUCCGUUUUAGUAAUCGUCUCAAUAAAAUAAAAUCGGCAAGAAUGCGCUAGAUUGUUUUUUCAGUUUGAUUUAUUGAUAAAGCGUUUCAUAUUUCUAAUAGAGAAAAAAAAUACCGGGCCGGAUCUAGAAUUUUUCACGCUUGAGCUAAUUAAUGUUUAAUAAAAUACGCAUAGUUGUUUAUAGCGAUUUAAUUUUCACCGGGGGUAAUUUUAGCCCACAAUUUUUAUUUAUCUUCCAGUUAAUAUAUGCAUUAGCCCUGUUUAAAUCCGGACCUGAAAUAAACAGUUAAUUAAUAAUAUUAAAAUGAAUUAGAAUAGUUUUAUUAAAUCAUCGUUCAGAUUUAAAAAAAUUUAUCGAUACAAAAUGAAAGUAUUAAUUAUAAUUCACAAAAG